AUAUUCCAGUAUAUUUUAUUGUUUCAAAGCUUUCUGAUCCUGCUGGGUGUGCAAAAACAGGUUCUGAAUCCAGUUAACUGCUUUUAAUCUAGGGUCAGAGGGAAUAAAUGCCAUCCUGUUCCAAGUCUUCUCCUGCUCCUAGUGCCGGCGUUCCCAUCUGUCUGAAGAUAUCACAAAAUCAAUGUUAAGCUGCUGAAAGUGCUUAAGCACAAGGCAUCCAGAAGAAUCUCCAGUUCCUUUAAAACGAAUUAGCUAUAUCUCGAACAAAUGGAGAAAAGUGAAGGCAAGGAGAAAACUCACCACUGUUUAGACUGCAAAAAGAGUUUUGAUCAACUGCGUAAUCUCAAAAUACACCAGCGCAUUCACACAGGUGAGAAACCAUAUCAAUGCUCAGACUGUGGGAAGAGUUUUAAUCAAGUAAGUUCUCUCAAUGCACACCGGUACGUUCACACAGGUGAGAAACCGUAUCACUGCUCAGAGUGUGGGAAGAGCUUCGUUCAACUGGGAGCUCUCAAACUACACCUGCGCAUUCACACCGGAGAGAAACCACAUCAGUGCUCAGACUGUGGGAGGAGUUUCACUCAAAUGGGAGCUCUCAAACUACACCAGCGCAUUCACACCGGAGAGAGACCAUAUAAAUGCUCAGACUGUGGAAAGAGUUAUAUUCAAAAGAGUACUCUGAAAACACACCAGAGGGUUCACACUGGAGAGAAACCGUAUCACUGCUUAGACUGUGGGAAGAGUUUUAAUCGACAGAGUCAUUUCAACAUACACCAGCGCAUUCACACAGGAGAGAAACGGCAUCACUGUUCAGACUGUGGGAAGAGAUUUAAUGACCUAAGUACUCUCCAGAUCCACCAGCGCAGUCACACAGGAGUGAAACCGUAUAACUGCUCUGAGUGUGGGAAAAAUUUUAUUCGACUGGGAACUCUUAAGCUACAUCAGCGCAUUCACACAGGAGAGAAACCGCAUCAGUGCUUAGAGUGUGGGAAGAGUUUUAGUCGGCUGGAUACCUAUAGAGUACACCAGCGCACUCAUACCGGAGAGAAACCGUAUCACUGCUUAAAGUGUGAUAAGAGUUUUAGUCGUAAGGGUGAUCUCACAGCACAUCAGCACAUUCACACCGGAGAGAGACCAUAUAAAUGCUCAGACUGUGGGAAGAGUUAUAUUCAAAAGAGUACUCUGAAAACACACCAGAGGGUUCACACUGGAGAGAAACCGUAUCACUGCUCUGAGUGUGGGAAGAGUUUUAAUCGACAGAGUCAUUUCAACAUACACCAGCUCAUUCACACACGAGAGGAACAGCAUCACUGCUUAGAGUGUGGGAAGAGUUUUAAUGACCCAAGUACUCUCCAGAUCCACCAGCGCAUUCACACACGAGAGGAACAGCAUCACUGUUCAGACUGUGGGAAGAGUUUUAAUGACCCAAGUACUCUUCAGAUCCACCAGCGCAUUCACACAGGAGAGGAACAGCAUCACUGCUCAGACUGUGGGAAGAGUUUUAAUGACCUAAGUACUCUCCAGAUCCACCAGCGCAUUCACACAGGAGAGGAACAGCAUCACUGUUCAGACUGUGGGAAUAGUUUUAAUGACCUAAGUACUCUCCAGAUCCACCAGCGCAGUCACACAGGAGUGAAAUCGUAUAACUGCUCAGAAUGUGGGAAAAAUUUUGUUCGACUGGGAACUCUUAAACUACAUCAGCGCAUUCACACAGGAGAGAAACCGUAUCACUGCUUAGAGUGUGGAAAGAGUUUUAAUCAGCUGGAUACCUAUAGAGUACACCAGCGCACUCAUACCGGAGAGAAACCGUAUCACUGCUUAGAGUGUGAUAAGAGUUUUAGUCGACAGGGUGAUCUCACAGCACACCAGCGCAUUCACACCGGAGAAAAGCCGUACAGCUGUUCCGGGUGUGGGAGGAGUUUUACUCAACGGGGAACUCUCCAGCUACACAAGCGCAUUCACACUGGGGAGAAACCGUAUCACUGCUCUGAGUGUGGGAAGAGAUUCAGACAUUUAUAUACACUUAAGAAACACAAAUGCACUAAAAGCGAGCCCCAACAUAUGCAGUCAGACUCAUUCAACCACUGAGGAACUUUAUGAGGGGGAAAAACUUGGUUUAAAGGCUUGGUUUUCUGAGGCUUAUUUAUAAAACAAUGUAAAGAGUUGCUUUCUGAAUACUAGGUCCAGCCAACGAACCGUACUUGGACACCAUCGUUCCAGACCAGAUCCUCAAGUAGAGUGAUGGGGAAAGUUGAAGAAGUCAUCCAAACUCUUUAUUAUUGUUUACUAACAUAUUGUUUGUAUCCCAGGUGGUAGCUUAGGUAUUGCUAAGUGGUUGCAGUGCUACUCCGUGUUCAAAGUUGAGUGUUACUAAUAUAUUAUUAUCAUUAUUACAUUAUUACUAUUUAUAUCAAUGGGGAAAGGGGGGUUAUUACAAUAUUCAGCUUACUUUUCUUUUCAGAUUGUUAGUGAUAAGAACUAUAAUGGAUGCAUAGUGUGUCUACAAGUAAUUUUAAUAUACUUCAUAUCAUCCAGUCAUGGUGCAGCAUGGAUUCCAGACGCUGGUCUGAAUCUUUGACUUUGAAUGAGCUGAGGAGGCAGCUGACCGAAUGACCGAAUGAAAAAAAAAUCAUGUGAAGCAAAAACACUACUUUUACCUGGGAGAGGGUCAAGCUAUGAUGUUAAGGAAAGAGUAACCACAUAAUAUUAGUAACAUCUUUAUUAUUUAUACAAAGAGCAUGAGAUGAUUUAUGACUUUAAAGACUGGUGCCAGAAUAUAGAGAGCCUACGUAAAGAAACAUACAAAAAAGUACAGAACAAAAGAAAAUAAGCUAACAAAAAUAAAUACAUUGCACAUAUAAAUACACUAAAGAAACAGCACAGAUUACAUGAAAUGGGGUUUACUUUAAUUGUGCCAUGCAGUUUGGAAGAAAGAACCCUGCUUAAUAUAGAAAAGCAGGAGGAAAAUAAUGAAAAUGUAGAAAUCAUUGCAUUUAAUACAUGAAUACAGUUAAACAUUUUGGGAACAUUACCUACCUUUUAUUAUGAAGACAAGAAAAAUGAUUGUUUUAAAAUUGUAUUUUUUAUUUAGUAUUUACUUUUUUAUAUUUAUAUAAAACUAACAAAAACAUUCUCAUAUUUAGUGUAUUUGUUUUGGCACAAAACACAAUUACUAGUGCAUCUCAGAAAAACAGAAUAUCAUGAGAAAUUUGCUAUCUUAAUUCAAAAAGUCAAAUUUUAUUUACACUACAUGUAAAGUGACAUAUUCCAAACUGUUUUUGUUUUUACUUGGCUAAAAGCUUCUGAAAUACAGGAAUACAAAAUGCUAACAUUAACCCAGUUUACUGGAAUAUUUAAAACUUUAAAAAAUAAAAAAGUGUUAAAUGUGCCACUUUAAACGUAAUUAAUACAGAAGAUGACUGUUUACUAAAACACAAAUAUUUUUUUCCAUGAUUUUCUAAUCUUUUGAAAUGCACUAGUAAACAGGACUAAUUAUGCCGUAUCUUAAUCACGUAUGUAUUGAAAAAGGUUUUUUUUUAUCUUUGUUGAAAAUAUGUUAGAUAUCCUCAGUCAAACCUUGAUGUACUGUUAACAAAUAUUAAACGUAUAUAAUAAAAUAAACACUGGUUAUAUUACCUUUAAUUCUCUCUUAGUUAUCUGUUACAUUAGUUAGUAGUUAAUUAGACAAACAGCAGCUCUAAUACAUCUCCUUUAUUUAAUGAGAGCAUUCACUACUUACCUGUCUGGUAGGCAUUUAGAGCUAGUUAACACCCUGAGAGGCAUAUAGUUUCUGUAAUAUAUAAUGUAUAUCCAUGUCGACACUAAUCUCGUGAGACAUGCCACUUGUAGCAGCCUGAGUUUGGAGAAGCACAGGUUAUUUUAUUAUUAUUAUUAUUAUUAUUAUUUUAAUAUGGGAAAUUUACGGACGACAGGAAAGAGGGGUAAAAUACCGUUUCCCGGUCAAAACGGGAGACGUGACAGGUAUGGUAGUGAUCAGCUUCCACACAGUUUGCCUGUAUUUAUUACUGUAUUAUGAGGCGCACUAUUAAUAAACGUCUAUUUCCUGGUC